GCUUUGGAAGUUGAAGGUUUGAAUGUGAACUGAUCCUUUUUCAAAGUGUGUGUGCAUGUGUAUAAUAUUUUUCUUUUAUUAUUGCAGGAAUAUGGUACAGAAUCCUUGAUUCUAUAGGGAAGCUUUCUGUUAUAACAAAUGGGGUGAUCAUAGCUUUCACAUCUAGUUUCAUUGACCAGCUUUUCUAUAUGAUUACUGUUUCACCUGAUGGUUCUUUGUAUGGAUUUUUGAACUUCACUUUAUCAGAAUUCAACAUAACUGACUUUUCCCCUGAUGCAAGUAUCACUUCCAAUGACAACAUGACAUCUCUUACUUGUGGAUACCAAGGCUACAGAGAAUCUCCUAUUUCAAGCAAUAAAUAUGAACUUAGAUCCAUUUACUGGCAUCUUGUAGCAGCUCGUUUAGGUUUUGUUGUGGUGUUUGAGACCACCAUUGUAAUCAUCACAACUUUAAUUCGUUGGUUGAUCCCAGAUGUUCCAAUGUCUCUGAAACUCCAGAUUCGACAUGAAAAUUAUAUCACUAAUGAAAUGAUCAUUGAACAGGAACUGAGAAGAGCAAAAGAACUUGGUAUUGUAGGAAGUAGAGGUACAUCAUAGUACAAGAAGUAGCUUGUUAGAUUGCUGAGAGGUGCUGGCUUUGUCUAGAAACUACUACUACUCAUCCAGUGAAAUAAUUUAACAGCUGUAAUUAUGGAUUACUUAUUCUUCUGUAUCAGAAACCUUGUUUUUGCUAAACUGAUGUUUAGUCAAAUCAUCUAUUCUGCCCUGAAAUGAAUUGUACACACUUAUCAACUGUGUUUUUUUUUAACUCUUUAGGUGAACUCAUUACCAUAUGUUGACCACAUAAUGCAAUUUGAAUUUCCCACUAGAGAUGCAAAUCAAGUGCACCAGAUCAAUUGUCAAAGCCUGAUCUGCACAGAUGAUGAGCUCAGCUGCUGAUUUCUAUCCAACAUGGCUUGAAUGGGUAGUGAAAGAAACUUUAUUACAAACAUACAAUGUUUCGACAAGCUUAUGUCAUAAUCAUGACAGUAACAUAAGUUUGUCUAGACAUUAAUCAUUUAUAAUAGUUUCUUUCACUACCCAUUCAAGCCUUCUCCAAACUUUCUCUAUUAAAAAGUGGGUUCCUUGUCACCAACAUGUUAUGAGCAAAGGGACCCAAAAUGACAUCAAAUUCCUCCAGUGAUUUCACACUUGAAAAUAUCAUUGAACUUGUGCAAGGUGACAAUAAUUCUGACUCUGAACCUGAAUUAUCUGAUGUUGAUUUUUAGUGUGAUAUCAUGCACACCCCUAAAGGGUUGACAUAAUAGUUUUAAACAAUAAUUUAUGUUUAAUAGAUUAAAGAACAUUCAAUUUAAUGGAACCACAUUGUCAAGUUGGUUUUUGAGGGAUCCUAGUCUAAUUAAAAUAAUUUGCAAAAUCUGGAAUUAUUCAUUUCCUGUUUUGGCUGGUCAAUUUCAGAGUGAACAGUUUUCCAUUAUUGUGUAGUAGCAUUUUCAAAACUUUUGUGUUAAGCAUGAUAUAUUUAACUUUAUUCUGAUGGUCUUCUUUAGGUUUUCCUUUAGCAUUUUAUAUAAUUUUGUCAUAUGAUUGUUUUCCUGCUGAUUUUGAAUACUAACUCUAGGAAAGUUUUCUAUAAAGAAUUACUCUUCUCUAAUAACAUUUUAAUUGUGUGUGUAUUUAUUUCCUGUUAUUUGUGAGCAGUGUUCAAAAUCUCAUUUUGAUCUGUUAGAUUUUCCUCUGUAAUUAAGCUCCUACAUUGGAAAGUAAACAUUUCAGAGUGUUGUCUGAUAAUAAUUUCAAUUAAAGUCAAAGUAUUUUUAUACAAAUGAAGCAUAUCAUUAUAUUUCCACACAGUUAUCAUUCAAGAAAUAUAUAUUAUGAUGUAACAACUUAUUUUGUUUAACCUUUCUGAUGUACGAGUAAAAUCAAUAUACUAAGUAGAAAAACAAUAUAAAUAAAAUAAGUUUUACAUAAAAACAUUUAAUACAUGGAUGUCAAAAACAUCUGAAAAGUACAACCUGAUGAAGGGAAGUUAUGCUUCUAGAAACAAGAUGAAGAGGGGUGGUGCCAGUCUAAAUCUGGUGAGGUGGCUGCUUUAUACAUCUUAUGGGCACAUAUACUGUAGUACUUAGGAAGUGAGCCAACUUUAAACAUUGUUUGUUGGAUGCAGAGGUCACAAGGGAGACUAAAGCUCAUUUUGGAGUAGCUGUGGCCCUAGCAAGUCCCACCUCCCACUGACAACUUUGAAGUUCAGCAAAUGUUCUUCACCUGUGUUUUUAGUAUUCAUGUUUUAAUUACUUUCCUGUAAUCCUUAUUUAGUUUGUAAUUUGUUGUUGGUUAGUAUAAUUAUUUUAUUUGUGUAAUAAAAAUGUUUAACAAAAUGAGUUGCUAUACAUUACAGCAUGAAGAUGCUUCAAGAUCUAUUUCCUCACAUUUUUGAUCUCAUGUUUAAGUUUAUAGUAUACAUUUUUGUGAGAUUUCUUAUUCUGUAAUUUUGAAACCUGGAAAGAGAAGUAAUUUUUAGUUUUUUUAAUUCACUUAAAGUGCACAUUGUUCAGAUAUUUUAUCUUAUCUAAAAUCAGAGUAUUUACAUAGUUUACCUAAAAACAAACGGAUAUUUGAAAUGUUAUUUACAUGUUUGAUGAAUGAUGUUCCUGCUCUACUAUGAACAAUUUGAAGUGCCUAGCUCUGAGUAUAAUUUAAAAAAAAAUUGAACAUAAAUAACAUAGCUAUACCCAAGUUAUAGAAAUACCUUCAAUGAAAAACGUUAGUAUAUCAAGAAAUAAUUUUUGAGAUAUCCAUAAGUAUUGUCUUCAUAUUUACCCAUUAUAUAAUACUAAUACAUGUGUUUAUCAAUGUGUUUUUCACAAAAUGUCAUAGCUUUUAUUGAUCUGGUAAUUAGUCAUUACAUUAUUUCAUGUUAUUUGUAUGUAUACAUCAGUUAAACAUUUUAAAUUUAGCUAUACAAUUAGCUUAAUAUUAUUCUUAAAACAGAAUUUCACAUUUUGCUUACAAAACACAAAAGAUAAUUUUGUUCCACCUGAUUGAUCAGGCUUUACAAAUUAAUUUCUAUAUGCAAAAUAUUGUUUAUCAUAUAAACCAGUUUUACCAAAAUAUGUUGAAGUUAAUAAUCCAGAGGUAAGUCAAACAUGAAGAAUCUAAAGGCUUACAUGAUCUUUUAAUUUGCUUUAUAAAAACAUUAUAGAAUAAAUCAGUUUUUUUUAUCAAGCACCAAUCUCUUCAAAUUCAUCUGAAAAACCAGGCUAAUUUACAAAAGUUGUCUAGAGAAUUUUUUUAAAACACUAGAAAGUGUAAACUGCUUCUAAAUAAGAUAAAUUAUGAACAUUUAUCUUAUCAGCUGUUUUUUUUAUUAGGAUUUUCAUAAAUGCAUUUAUUUUGGGAUAUAAAACUUUGCUCAAGUAUUUUGUCCAGCAUUGGACAUUUAAUUUGGGAACUUGAAAAAGUUUUUUUUUUUUCAUUUUAUGACCAUAGCUGACAAAGAACAAGUAAGAUUUUUAAGUUUUAAUGAACUAUGAAAAUUUAAAUUAUGUGUGUUAUUUAUUCUGUUUAUUACAGGUAGUUAGAUUACUUUUAAUUUAUAUUUGGGUUGCUUGUUGAAUAAAAAUAAUUUGAUAGCAAGAAUUAAAUUUUUUUUGACAAUGUGGUUUUAAUUCAUAGCCAGUAAUGAUGUUUAAAUUUAUUCCUAUUAUAUAUGUUACAGAAGUUGUUAAUGUUAAUUUUCAUAUACUUGUUCAGAAUAUUAAGUAAUAUAGGCCACUAAAACAAAACUUUUAUUGUCCAUUUUUAAAAGUAAACUUAAAACAAAAUACUGAAACUGAAAUGUAUUUUGGUUUGUCCUAAUAAUUAAGAGAACAGUUAAACAUACAUGUCCAUAUAAAGUUUACUUUUUUCCACAUAAAAUCAAAUUCGUGUGAAUGUGUUUUUAAUGAAUGAAAUGAAGUUGCUUUUGAACCGAUUUUUUUUGGUUAGACAAGCAAUUAUAAGCAAUAACUUAACUAAAAUACUUUUUGACUUGAGAGUUAUAACAUAUAUAAAUACAGUUGUCCAUCUGUUAUCACAGUCUUGUAAGGAACCACUGAAUCAAUUUCAAUAGAGGAACUCGAGUGAAAUCCCCUAAGAUCAAGUUUAAAUGGACAAGCAGUCAGAUGAACAUACUAAUAUCUUGAAUAAUUUAAUGAAAAGCAGUUUUGUUAGUGUUCAAUGUACAUUAAGAAAACAUUUUUUUGAGACUGAUUUAUAUGGUUUCAAAAUGAAGUGUAAAAGCCCAAUACUUGCAAUGUCAAAUAAAAUAUAUUUCUAUCCAAA